AUGUUGUUCCAUACUUUCAAGUCUCUCGUGAUCGGGCUGGCGCUCGGCGCCAGCACCGUGUUGGCACAGAAUUCCUCCCAUUCGCUCGUGAGCCGUCGCCUCACCGAGUACCUUAUGCCCGUCGCCACUGAGACGCAUGAGUUUGCGCGCGUGCCGAACUCGAAUUUCGUGUUGUUGACGCAGAUGUCUGACAGCGAGCUUAUCAAGAUCGAGUUGGACCCAACCACUGAGGAGCCCAUUGCUUUCCACUCGUUCCGUAUGGGAAGGAACAGUACUACUUCCAUGCUCCAUGGCGUGUGGCCAUCGACGGUAUACCCCGGUAUGAUGUGGUUGUCGCUGCAGGGCGAAAACAAGCUACUGCUCGUGGAUCCCGGCAAGAAACUCUCGACUGCGCCGAUCAUCAAGAAGACUAUUAAUAUCCCGGCGCCGGGCAACGGCCCGCAUUGUGUGUUUGAGAUUGGCAACCGCGUCUGGGCCGGCCUCAAGGUGGCAUCCAAGCAAAGUGGCAAGUACUUUGUGUUCUCUGCCGAUGUCCACAACCCCAAGAACUACACGUUGUAUCCGGCGCUCAACAGCCCGGUUUUUAUCACGGAGGAACCGACCACCGGCUUGAUCUACGUCACACAAGACAAGGACUCGUCCAUCAUGCGCAUCAAUGCUACCAGCGGCGAGACGAAGCAGAUGCACAUCCCGCCUAGCGUCGGCAACAACGCCGUCGGAAUGAUCUCCGCUAAGGGUCCCCUGAGUGGUGUUUGGUUCACUCUCGCUGGCAAUGCCACUGGUGGCACCGGCACCUUUGGCCAUAUCGGAGCCUCUGGCAAGAUGGAAUUUUUCAAGCUUAAGCACCCGCUGCUCGGCACCAAUGCUGGAUUACUACACAUCGCUGAUGCGUCGACCGCGGUCGGCCCAGCCCUGUGGCUCUUGUCUACGUCGCUGCUCAGCACUAACUCGCCCGAUGCCUUGAUCCGCGUGACCUUUGACGCCUCCACGAAAUCCGUAGCUGACGAAGAGUACAUCUCUAUGCUUACUCAAAAUGCCAUGGUGCACCGCAUCUUGCCCCUGAACAAAACGGUCUUGGUGUCCGAGCUCCACACAUUUACACUCGCCCAACUCUCGUACAAAAACACCGUUGCCGGGAAGUGGCUGCCAGCUGAGGCUGUCACUGACAACACGGUUUACACCCAGGCAGGUUGA